AUGAGCACCCAGCAUGUUCGCCGGCGAUCGCUCCGGCGGGCAGGGAGGCCCCACAGAAAACCCUGCAACAAGGAGACAAAGGCAGCGUUCAGCCUCAUCUCUGGUGUGCGCUUUGGAGGCUGGGAAGCAUCAGUUCAACCGACGGCCGGAGUUUGGGGAGGCCGAAUAGGCUUGCUGAUAACACCUCAUGCCAUCAGAGUCCAGACUCCCCCUCGACACAUCCCUGGAGUGGUGGAAGUGACAUUAUCAUAUAAGUCUAAACAGUUCUGCAAAGGGGCCCCAGGAAGGUUCAUUUACACAGCAUUAAAUGAACCUACCAUAGACUAUGGCUUCCAGAGAUUGCAGAAAGUCAUCCCGAGGCAUCCUGGAGAUCCAGAAAGACUAGCUAAGGAAAUGCUGUUGAAAAGAGCAGCUGAUUUAGUGGAAGCCCUUUAUGGAACACCGCACAAUAACCAGGACAUCAUUCUGAAGCGAGCUGCUGACAUCGCUGAGGCCCUCUAUAGUGUCCCGAGGAAUCCCAGUCAGAUCCCAGCUCUGUCCAGCUCUCCAGCUCACAGUGGCAUGAUGGGUAUCAACUCCUAUGGCAGCCAGCUAGGUGUCAGCAUCUCAGAGUCCACACAGGGAAACAACCAAGGUUACAUCCGGAACACAAGCAGCAUCUCUCCUCGUGGGUACUCCUCCAGUUCCACCCCCCAGCAGUCGAACUACAGCACAUCCAGCAACAGCAUGAACGGCUACAGCAACGUGCCCAUGGCCAACCUGGGCGUGCCAGGCUCCCCAGGCUUCUUAAACGGCUCCCCCACAGGAUCCCCUUACGGAAUAAUGUCUUCAAGUCCUACAGUUGGCUCUUCCAGUACAUCCUCCAUCCUCCCGUUUUCGUCUUCCGUCUUCCCAGCUGUCAAACAGAAGAGUGCCUUUGCUCCUGUCAUUAGACCCCAAGGCUCCCCUUCUCCGGCCUGCUCUAGUGGAAAUGGAAAUGGAUUCAGAGCCAUGACCGGCCUCGUUGUCCCCCCGAUGUAAAGAAAAGGAAGAGUUGCGUCUCAGAACACACAACUACUUCAU